GCCUACCUUUUCCGCCUUAAUGAGUAGUUCCGACCGUUGACUGAUUCACAGAUGUAUCCACAUGUAACGUGACUGCAACUUUGAUAAUGUGGAUGCAGGAGGAGGUGCGCCGUCCUCACUCAGGUCCUCAGCGGGCCUUCAGCGUGCUGGACCGGCUGCUCCUCACACACCCCGUCUGGCUGCAGCUGUCGCUCAACCGAGACUCCGCCCUCUACAUCCUGCUGAGAGAGCCAGUCGGGACGUUCCUGGUGCGCAAGUGCGGCUUCAGCCACAGGAAGCUCCUGUGUCUCCGGGCAACCAAGGAGCGAAGCCCCGCCUCCAUCCGAGAGCUCUUCAUCUGUGAGGAAGACUCCACUUUCUCCUUGGAGAGCUCUGCACUCAGCUUCCCUGACCUCUGCAGACUGGUGGCCUUCUACUGCAUCAGCCGGGAUGUGUUGCCUUUCCCACUGCAGCUGCCCGAGGUCAUCGCUCGAGCGACCUCACACAGGCAGCUGGAAGCCAUCUCCCACAUGGGACAAGAGUUCUGGAACGCAUCGAGCCCCACCGAGAAUGGAUCCGUGGACCAGUCGGAGGAGUUCGGUCCCAAGGGCCAGCUUGUACCAGCUGUUGCGCCGGCGCUGGACCUGUUGGGGGGCCCACUGAAACAGGGGAAGCUUUGCUUCAUCAACCCCCUCUUCCUGCAGCUGGAGCUUCCCCAGAGCCAGCAGGCCCUCCAGACCCUUCAGGCCCUUCAGACCCAGCAGCAGCAGUCCAGCCACGGCGGCGCCUCCACCAAGCGGCUCCGCUUCAAGCGCAGCAUGCGGGUGCGUCUCUCCACCGACGGCUCCAUGCACCUCUCCAUGGAGGGCGGGGGCUCCUCCGCCUCCUCCUCCCCCUCCCGCACCCCGGAACGACCGGGGCCCCCCGAGGAGAGGCUCCCCCAGAGGAAGGUGCACGCCGGGGCCGGGCCCCUGAGGAGGAGCCCCGCGGUGUCCCCCGCCUCGCUGGAGGACGAGGAGCUGCCGCCGGCCCGGGCCCCGCAGCCCGUCCCCCCUCAGCAGGAGCCCAGCGUGGAGGCGGCGGUGCUGGGUCUGGACGCCGUGCCCACCCCCUCCCUGGCGGAGCUGGACAGCAGCAGCUCCUUCAGCAGUCUGGACGAGGAGCCCGACCAGGACGCCUCCCCGCCCGCUGACGACGCCUCCGCGGCGGCCCCCCACCGCCCGCCCCUCAUGCGCUCCCGUUGCCGCGGCGGCCUGCAGCGCAUGAGCGCCGCCUUUGUGUGUUUCUUCGCCCCGGAGAAGCGCGUGACCCGGCUGGUGGAGGAGCUGUCCCGGGACCGCCGCUCCGCCUUCGGCGCGAUGGUCCAGGACUUCCUGCAGACGCAGAGGGAGGAGCUGAGGCGCCUGGCGUCGCCGUCCUCCUCCGCGGGGGCGGCGGGGGGCUCCGUGGAGGUGCUGCAGGGCCUGAGGCUCUUCCUGACCCAGGCCAAGAGCUGCCUGCUGGAUAGCGGGGAGCUGGAGCCGCCCAUCCAGACCCUGGUGCCGGAGAGCGAGCAAGACCUGGCCAUGGAGCGCGCCAUGUUCAGCUGCGUGCUGCGGCCCCUGAAGAAGCUCCUGGACCACACCCUGGUGGCCCUGCACCGCCUGGACGGCUCCUCGCAGCGCCUGGCCCAGGACCUGCUCCGCGUCAAGGGGGUCGGCCUGGAGCGGCUGGGGAUCCGGGCCCCCUCGGGGGCGGCCUACGACCGGGAGGUGGAGCGGGUGAGGCAGAAGCUGGGCAUGAUGCAGAGGUCUCACUCGCCCAUCGACAAGGUGCUGCUGCUGCUGCAGGCCUGCAAGUGCGUCCACAAGGCCAUGGGGUCCCUGCACCGUGACUCCUCUUUAAUCCCGUUCCCAGGACAGGAAGUGAGCUGGGAGGACUUCCUGCCGUCGCUCACCCACGUGAUUGUGGAGUGUAACAGGCCCCAUAUCCUCCUGGAGGUGGAGUACAUGAUGGAGCUGCUGGAGCCGUCUUGGCUCUGUGGAGAGGGGGGUUACUACCUGAGCAGCGUGUACGCCAGCCUCUGUCUGAUCCAGAGCCUGGAGGCCAAGGCGCCCCGUCCCCCGGGCUGCCUGACGCGGGAGGCCCAGGAGGAGCUCAGGGAGUGGGGGCGCAGGCGGGGACGGGAGGCCCAGAUACACCGGGAGAGCCAGAGGAUCCAGAGGUGCGUGCGGAUCCUGUUCCAGGACGGCGAGCAGAGCGCCGUGCGCACCCUGCAGUGGCAGGCGGGCGACUCGGCGCCGGCCCUGGCCCAGCUGUGCGCCGACGCCUUUGGCGUGCCGGACGCCGGCCGCUACGCCCUGUACUGGCGCAGCGGCGGCGAGAUGCGGCCGCUGCCCCCCCACGCGCGGCCCCAGGACCUGGCGGGCCACAGCGAGGGGGGGCCCUCGCUGUCCUACCUGCGCACCGACCACGACUUCAGCAAGAUGCGGCGGCUGACCCGCGGCGGGGCGGUGGACCUCAGCGAGUCGGUGUGCGAGGAGUGA